UUCAGUGCCCCUCCCCGUAGGUAGACUGCAUUGGAUGUAAAGAGUAGACUGAUUCCGCUUCAAAGCUUUGGAAUCCCUAAUUUUUCUUUUUUUAAAUUAAAGUCCCUUGACUCGAUCUUUAAUUAAUUGAAUUAUGGAACGCCUCAUCUCUACUUUAUUAGAACGUGGGGUCUUUACACCCAAAGAACUUCAUUUCAUCCUUCGAUUUACAUGGACUUUUGCCCUAGUUUUGCUUUCAAUUCUUUCCUUUUUACUUGUUUGGUAUGUGACCACCCUAUUCAGUCGCUAUACGGCUUUCAUGGAGGCCAUCCUUACAUCAAAUAAGGAAGGCGGAGAUAUCACCAGCGGCAGAGGUAGCAGCAUCUAAGCCAGUAUCUGGGCCAGUUGGCUUCGUCGACUCAGCAAUUUAAGUGGUUGAUCUUGAACCAAUUUGUUCAUCAGUUGCCCCAUUACCCGGUAAACUCUCCUGGAUCAAUAGCAUUGGAUCGGGAAUGUGGCCAUUUCACUAUAGCCCAUUGAUCCACAGCGGAUAGAGACUCUUCGACUAAGACAUUGCCUUUCUAUUUUAAGACUGUUCACAUUUCACUGGCCAGGUUCGAAACUCUCUUCCCUUCGCCCCAUCAUGCGAGAUAGAGGAGAUUGGGAAAAAAUUGUCAGUCCGGGCCGGGAAAUGCAAUUCAUAGAGCCCCUAAGCGUUUUUUGCCGUGACAGCUCCACGCCAACAUGCUACUGACGUUUAGGUAAGGCGGGGGACGGGUAUGAGUUGGUCAUCCGAGCAACUAACCUGGUAGGUUGGCCGGGUUGGUUCUCCCCGUCUAUGAAAUCGCAUUUGACUCACCACCAGCAUAUGAAUCAAAGUAGCAGCAAUUUCGGUUUCAGUGCGGAAAAUCCAGCAGCAGUUUCACCAAUUGAUUUGAUUGACCACCCAGUGGAGGUAGUAGCAAAGUCAGUGGUUUCCCCCGAUCCGGAACCGGAUUCGGGACCAGCAUUCUCGCCUGUUGGAGAAGUCUGUAAUCCAGUUUGAGAUCCUCCAGGGGAUAAAAACCUUAUUGAUGUUGAUUGAGAAAUCAGCCUCGGAGUUGAAAGGGUUGGUGUGGCCAGAAGUGAGAACUUCUUGAAGCCAUUUAUCCAUCUCUAUCAGUUCACUCCUCUUCUUCCAGAGAGGCCCCCCGUAGAGGAAUUUGUUCACGUUCACAUAAGGAAGCUUAAACAAGACGAAUUCUUCAAAUGCGGUCCGAAGAAGGGAAGGAAGUUCUUUUUUUUCAGGAAGGCGCACUUAACCUCAUUCGAUGGUGGGGUUGGUCUCGCUUCAGAAGGAGCUUGGGUUCAUAUUCGUCCCGGCUCUUUGAAAGGUAGCAAAGGGUGGACGUUUAAUUCCAUCAAACCUGUCUUUCAUGCCCCUACCAAGGGAAUCGUAUCAUCCAUGGCGAGUGGUAUCCUAUAUAAGUGAAAAGCUUGCUUUUAGGGGUGAUCUUUCUCGAUUUCGGAAUGGAAAAGCUUGGUUUCGGGAAAAAGAGGUGUAACUCAAAAUUGCUUAAAUAAAGCAGCGUAGAAAGUCUUGCUUACUAACUCCUCCAUCUAAGAAAGAGAGGGGAAGGUUGAAGCUCAUAGGCAGUAACCUAAGUCCUAAGAAGCUCCAAUCAUGCUACUAUGCUUAACAUAUGCAAAUCAAACGAAGUUUUCUCGGAAACAAUUUGCAAUUUCGUAAGUAAGUCAGUGAACUUUUUCCCAUGCUUUUCGUUGGUCAACAACCAACAACCGUUCUCGUUUAGUUCUCAACAAGUCUCUCUCUUUUUUUGGGGGGAGCGGAUAAAGAAAAGAAUGAACCAAAGAAAAUGAUUGUUCUAGAAUGGCUAUUCCUCACAAUUGCUCCUUGUGAUGCAGCGGAACCAUGGCAAUUAGGAUCUCAAGACGCAGCAACACCUAUGAUGCAAGGAAUAAUAGACUUACAUCACGAUAUCUUUUUCUUCCUCAUUCUGAUUUUGGUUUUCGUAUCAUGGAUCUUGGUUCGCACUUUAUGGCAUUUCCACUAUAAAAAAAAUCCAAUCCCGCAAAGGAUUGUUCAUGGAACUACUAUCGAGAUUCUUUGGACCAUAUUUCCUAGUAUCAUCCCGAUGUUCAUUGCUAUACCAUCAUUUGCUCUGUUAUACUCAAUGGACGAGGUAGUAGUAGAUCCGGCCAUUACUAUCAAAGCUAUUGGACAUCAAUGGUAUUGGACUUAUGAGUAUUCGGACUAUAACAGUUCCGAUGAACAGUCACUCACUUUUGACAGUUAUAUGAUUCCAGAAGAUGAUCUAGAAUUGGGUCAAUUACGUUUAUUAGAAGUGGACAAUAGAGUGGUUGUACCAGCCAAAACUCAUUUACGUAUUAUUGUAACAUCUGCUGAUGUACUUCAUAGUUGGGCUGUACCUUCCUUAGGUGUCAAAUGUGAUGCUGUACCUGGUCGUUUAAAUCAGACCUCUAUUUUGGUACAACGAGAAGGAGUUUACUAUGGUCAAUGCAGUGAGAUUUGUGGAACUAAUCAUGCCUUUAUGCCUAUCGUCGUAGAAGCUGUUGAUAGGAAAGAUUAUGCAAAUCGGGUAGAAAAUCUAUUCAUCACAAAAACCGGGGGGGUUUCUUGGCUCCAGCACUUCAUUACAAUAGCCUAUUGUGACGGACGCAAUUGGACACCUCCGGUAACACCCCCUUCAUUAGCAGGACAAGAACCGGUAACCCCACCCGAUUCACCGCUAAUGGAGUCUUCCUCGAGUUCGGAAUCCUUGAAUACCUUUAGAAAUUUGAUCACGGCGAAUCAUGAAGCGGAUCUUUUUCGACGCAUCGCUUUUCUGGAAAACCAGCAUUUGUUUGGGCUGCCUGUACAGACCCGCCCCGGCGAGUAUGCGGAAAUAGUGCUAGGACGUUUCAAUGGGGCAGUAAAUGUCCAGCACUACCAAUGGCUUUUGGAUUACUUCAAUUUCCAUCUUCAAGUAGAUGAACGAAAGGGUCUUUUACAAGACCGACUUCAUACUCUACUACUUGAAGAGCCGAAUCUGGCUCAGAUUCUACGGGUGUCCCCGUACACUGACAUCCGAAGGGGGGCCUUUGAUUUUCUGGAAAAUUCCACAGAAUCUCUGAAUGCCCUUCGGCAUGCUUUUCAGCGGGAUCUGAUGGAUGGCCUUUUGAAUUCCUAUAUGGACGACCUUAACAGAAGGGGUAGGAAUGCAGACGUUUACCAGGGGUUCUAUCGAUAUUUUAUCAAUGAGGACUUCCGGCGCUUCCAUAAUCUGCCCUUACCAUAAGCACGCACGCCGGGGAAGAAAGAGUCUGAGGUUGGGUCGGACGUAAAUGGAGGCACCGUUUGUUACUAUUGGACAAAUUUCUCCUUUUGUUUUCUUCUUGUUCUUUGCCAUAACGCCCAUUCUGGGACGAGUUGGAAUAGGAAUUCCUAAUUCUUACACGGAUGAGACUGAUCAGUGAAAAAUUCUGACACCAAUCAUUUACAAGCGCAUGAGUUUUCUAGUUGGCUAUGUUGAUAUAGGCUUAGAUAGGAAUAAGAUAGUCUACUAUAUAUAGGGUGAGAAUGAAGAAGAAAAGAGACCGGAACGACACG